AUGGAAAAGGAGGAGAUGAGUCUCGGGCUUGCUGAGGCUGGCUGUGGCUGUCCCAGGAAGGCAGUCUCCCGUCUGCAGAGGCUUCGUGUCCACCUGGACGCCUGGGACGGAGCUGUGAGUCAGAGGGCAGCACUGGUUGGUGAUGCCAUCUGCAGCUUCGUGAUCUGCAAUGAUUCUUCCCUUCGAGGGCAGCCCGUUAUCUUCAAUCCUGACUUUUUCGUGGAGAAACUCCGACAUGAGAAACCUGAGGUGUUCACCGAGUUGGUGGUCAGCAAUAUCACGAGGCUCAUCGAUUUACCUGGAACCGAGUUAGCUCAGCUGAUGGGGGAAGUGGACCCUCAGUUGCCUGGCGGGGCAGGCCCAGCGUCAGGAUUCUUCCGCUCUCUGAUGUCUCACAAGCGAAAGGAAAAAGGAGUGGUAUUUGGAUCCCCACUGACGGAGGAAGGCAUUGCCCAGAUAUACCAGCUGAUCGAAUAUCUACACAAAAAUUUGCGAGUGGAGGGUUUGUUUAGAGUGCCAGGGAACAGUGUCCGACAGCAGAUCUUAAGAGAUGCUCUCAAUAAUGGAACCGAUAUUGACUUGGAAUCAGGGGAGUUUCAUUCAAAUGACGUUGCCACUUUGCUGAAGAUGUUUCUGGGAGAGUUACCGGAACCCCUGCUGACACAUAAACAUUUCCACGCACACCUCAAAAUUGCUGAUUUGAUGCAGUUUGACGAUAAAGGAAACAAGACCAGUACUCCGGAUAAGCAGCGGCAAAUUGAGGCUCUUCAGUUGCUCUUCCUCAUUCUCCCUCCCCCCAAUCGUAACUUGCUGAAGUUGUUGCUUGAUCUCCUGUACCAGACAGCUAAGAAGCAAGACAAGAACAAGAUGUCUGCCUAUAACCUUGCCCUCAUGUUCGCUCCCCACGUCUUGUGGCCCAAAAAUGUUACUGCAAAUGACCUUCAGGAGAAUAUCACAAAGCUGAACGACGGGAUGGCCUUCAUGAUUAAACACUCGCAGAAGCUUUUUAAGGCUCCUACUUACAUUCGGGAAUGUGCCAGAUUGCACUAUUUGGGCUCCAGAACUCAAGCAUCAAAGGAUGACCUUGAUCUGACAGUUUCAUGUCAGACUAAGUCCUUUCAACUAACAAAAUCUCAGAAACGGAACCGGAUAGACUCCUGCUGCCAUCAGGAGGAGACACAGCAGCGGACGGAGGAGGCACUGAGAGAGCUCUUCCAACACGUGCACAGCAUGCCAGAGUCAGCCAAGAAGAAGCAGCUUAUCAGACAGUUUAAUAAGCAGUCUUUAACUCAGACACCGGGGAGAGAACCUUCCACACCCCGGGUGCAGAAGAGGGCCCGUUCACGCUCCUUCAGUGGGCUUAUUAAGCGGAAGGUCCUGGGAAACCAGAGGACAUCAGAAAAGAAACACGAGUGUGGCACUCCGGAGUCUGUGGGCCUCCGAGAGCUGGCGACAGCCGGCAAGGAGAAUCGGGACUUGUUAUUUUUGGACUCUCCGGCUGUCAUGACGACACCAACAAGACUGAAAUGUCCUGAGAGGAAGAGAGAGGGGAAGAAAGGAUUCCUCUGAAGGGUCUGAGUUCUGCCUCCACCCAGAAUUGCCUCUCCGUGGGCCGGGUUGCUGCGGCUCACCGCGAAGCUGGGACUUGCGGCUUGCUUGCUGCAUUUGAAUUGUGAAAGCUAACUAAAACGAUGAUACUCCUAACCCACUCACCAGACGGCGCUCCCAAGCUGUGCCUCAGAGAGCUCUGCGCUCUGUCUCUAACAUUGUGGGGAGACCACUAACAGCCAGCCGGUUCACGUGGCGUGGGCAUGGGCAGAGCCUUUAGGCAGAUUCUGUCUUUUAAAAAUAGGACGUUUGUGCUCAACUGCCAGUUGUUUUUUUUGUUUGUUUGUUUUAAAUACUGUCAGUUGUAGUGGAUUGAUGUUAUUUUUAAAUGCUCUCUCGGGCUUUUCUCUGUUUUGAACAGUGCUGAGGGUAUUUGGUUAUUGUUGUUUGUUUAUUGUUUAUCUCUUCAUUUUAAAAGCCAUUUUGGGUAUUGCCAGUUUACACGGGCUCUAAGCUAGAUGCCUUUCACUGUCUUCACCUUGAGCCUGGGCAGACUUCAUGUCUCCUGAGGUCCUGUCCUUCAUCCUUAUCUGUGUCCUAAGACUUCACAGCUUUCCCGGGAAGUUUUUAUUAUUUCUCCAGACCGAGAGUACAUGUUAUCUGAUCUGCGGUAUUGGAAAAGAAUUCGGAAUGGUCCACUAUGUUACCACGUUGGUUACUAAACUGUUUUCCCUCCCUCCCGUCCUCCCUCCUUCCCUCUCUCUCUCUCUUCCCUUGUCCUUGGUGAUGUGAAAAUCCUUGUGUUGUUGCUGAACUUGUUUCCUUCGCUCAGUUUCUCUCGCCUGAAACUCCUCUGGUGCCAGAGCAGCACUUCUGUGCCCAAUCUCGGUGACUCAGGAAAAGCCACUGGCGGCUUACUCGAGGUUUGCUGAAGUAUUUGCCUAUAGCGGAAAGCUUCGGAUGUGCCUCGGAGGGGGCUGGCUGGCGCUCUGCCGCAGGAUGACUCUGCGUGGGGGUUGGAGUGCACCUUCCAGGGGACUGGGUGUGCAGGCCUGACCGCCCCCUGAGAGCGUUGGGAUCAGAGGACAGGCCGUGUGCAGCAGGCUCUGCGGGGCUGGCAAGACCUAAAGGAGAGAAUGUCCUUCUUUGGAAGCGGUUGUGGCUAAUGUCCACGUGUAGGACUGGCACUGGUAGGAGCAGGGGCCAGAGCUCGGGGCCCUGGUCUGGGCCGUUCACAGGUGUCGGAGGUGAGCGACGGCGUGUUUGAUCCGGCACGACAUGCUCACUGCCCAGAGACCGCGCGACAGGCGGGCGUCGGGUGUGCGCUGGCUCUGCUGGGCUUCCGAGCUGUUCUCUCUUCAGGCCGAGUCAGCCCUCUGUGGGGAAGCAGGCGCCCAGCAAAUACGGUUUGCUGACCCAUUUUUAAUUUACCGAAGUGCUGUGUAGCUGCCGAAAUGAAAGCUGGCCCUAGGGGAGCAGAGCUGGGCUUUGCGUCUGGCCUGCAGCCCCUUCCUCUCCACUUUGUUUCUUUAAAGCCUGCCUUCCAGCUUGUCAGGUUGGGGACAGUGAGGAUGUAAGACUGCUUAGAUGGCCGUCUCUAGAGCAGUGCCGUGCCAUUCUUAAAAACACUCAUUAACAAACUUGUUUGUGUAAGUUUCUUCUUUCCUUAUUUAAAAAUUUGUAAAAUUCCUUCUGCCAGUGAGUUCAAACCUUUGGCGUCACCAGAUCAAAGUAAUGUCCUUCCUGGAUACUGAGACUUCGUUCUGUACCCAUGUAAGCAGUGUCACCCUGCAGAGCUGCCAGGUCUGGGAAACUGUCAUCAGCAGAGUGCAGUGUAACCUGACCCCUCCAAGUGCAGGUUGGAGUUUGUUAGAGCGAGAAAGCUGAGAUUUUCCGAGGUGCAGUGGGAUGCAGAGCCAGUGACCAGGGUGGUUCUGGGGCACAGGCUUUUAUGUAGCUGGUCCUCUUGGGCAGUGUGUGUGCUUGGGUAUGUGCGUUUUGUUUAUUUAUUGACUAUGCUUUCCCUUGCUAUAAGGGUAUUACAGGUCAUAUUUUUUACAGAAGCUGUGAUCCAGUUGGAAUCGAAAUUUGAGGAGUAAGCAGCAUAGCCUCCUGCCUUGUGAUGUGUGCCCAUUCUAAUUUUAGGGCCUCUGAUGGAAACCUCCAGCAGCAGCCCUUUCUCAUUUGCCUCAGAAGGGUGCUGUCUCCCUUCUGACUUGGUGGGCAGGUGUUAUUUUUGAGCCAGUAUUGAACAAAUUUUUAAAGUCUAUGUAUUUGAAUUCUGUUUUGUUGUGUUUACUUUUCAUGUUGGAACAAUCUGUUUGGGUGUGCUUCUUCUUAUGGCUUUUCACAUCUCCUUCUGCUCUGGGCUCUGCUGUGGUGGGCUCCGGUGUGAUGUCUGUGCAGGGCAGCCGUGCGUGCGAGGGACACAGACCUAAAACACGCUGCCUCUGGUGACCGCCGCUGGCCGAGCUAGCAGAACUGCAGGCGCUGGGAUUCCUGGCCUUUCCAGUGACGGACUUUGCUGUCGGGACCGAUACAUCUGGUUUGAAAAACCUACUGGUACAGUGAGAGAGGACCCGGGGACACUGCUCGUCCGUGUGCCCAGACGUGUCCGAGGAGUAGGGGCGAGCCAUCCCUGAGAAGCCCGCUGACCCCGUGCCAGCCAAGCUCCUUCCCCGAGCAUCUGCCCAGAGGCAGUUAGGAAGGACAGGGUCACCCUCAGGAACGAGCCAGUGCAGGUGCUGGCUGCGGUGGCCGCGGGUGCUCUUGGAGCAUGCUUGGCCUGUUGGAGCUGGUCGACCGCACAGUGCCAGCACGGCCUGCUGCAUCCCUGUCACUUGGCACAUGGUCAGCGUCUGCCUCUGGGAGAACUUGCAGUCAUUGGAACGUGCCCCAGGAUGACUGGCCAUGUGACCAUAUCAUGGGAAGCCCAGGGGUGGCUGGAAUGGACCAUCCCUGCUUCCUUACGCACAAGGCUGUAGCUGAUGGCUCCCGUUCUGAGGUCAUGCCCCAGGAGCGAGCUCAGCCUCGUCCUCCUCCACCCUGAAGCCCUGGAGCUGAAGACAGUUCCGAGAGCUGCACUUGGACACCGGCGUUUGGCGGGACUGCCUAGGCUUUGGGAGGGAUUUGGUUUCCUAAGAGACACAGCUUUUUAACCCAUCUAAAACCCACACAGAGGGCUAGCUUUCUGCACGGCUGACGUGAAGGCUGCCAGGCAGAGGUGCGGAGGUGGGGUACGCAGCAGCCUGAGUGCUUGGGUUGCCAUGGAAACUGGAGUGUGCGCGAGGCCACAGCCAGUGCUGAGGACCCAUUGCGCACCCCUGGACAAGCCUGGGUCCCAGCAGACCUGUCACCACAGGGUCUUUUCUUCCGAGCAGAGGUUGUCCUUGCGCUGCCCGCAAGCUCGCUUGGCUGGGAGCACAGUCCUUUCCUGUUCUUCACCUUCAGAUUUGUGUUCUUAUUUGCCUCUGUAUGUGUCGUUGUGAAGGAGCAACCAUAUGCAUUGCCUUUCUUUGUAUUCAUGUGCUAUUCUGAAAUGACAUGUUUCUGUUUGCUUCAUGUCUGUAGGGGUUGACUGGUCGCUAGCGCUUACUGUGACCGAUGGAUUAUUAUUAUUAUUAUUUUUAACAGAUGGAUUAUUUUGAAGAGAGACAUUGCCUCUCAUCUGAGGAAUACAGGGCCUCUCAGAAAGGCUCCUCUUUGGCUUGCUUUCCAGAUGGGUGGGUGGGCCCAGGAGGGGAGAGGCUCUUGGCUGCUAAGAAAUGUAAUUGCUGGGACCAAUAGGUGGCAUGGUGGUUAAGGUGCUGGACUUCCACAUGGUCUACCAUGGUUCAAGUCCUGG